CCUUACGAAUUUCGACGGCGGCUGCUUACUUCUGGUGAUGCCAUUUCCUCCAUUGACAUCCCCCCGCGCGAUCAGCACCAGAGGCAGCUGCGGAGCGGAUUUGUGAACUACACCCUGAAGGUCUCCGAACGCCGUCAUGGCGACGCCUAGCAAUGUGCUUGCUAGCAGGAACACUACUGCUACUGGUAGUACUAUUAGUAACCCUCUACUAUUGAGUAUGUUCGCUGCGAACAUGAUGUCAUCCUCUCCACACCCCGUUGCUCGCGCUGCACUUUUCCAAAAGAAGUCUAGCUCGCUCCACCGCGCCUCGAAGCACAGCUGUCGAAUCUCGACCGUUGCCCGUGCACUUGCGACCACAAACCGCUCGAUCGACGGCUCAGAUGCAUUCACAGGAAGGCGAUCCAAAGCGCGUGCUAUUAGGCGCGCCGUCAACCGAGCGAGUUCCUGGAAGGCCCCUACUAGCAUGCAGCAGCAGACAUCGCCGGAAGUGCAUUCAGAGCCGUUGGAUUUUGCAGCAGCUGAGCGAUCACCGAAGAUCGUGUCGCCAGAGCCGUCGGAUCGUGGUAACGGAUUAAAUGGGAGGUCUUCCCGGAACGUUCCGACGAGCCCCGAGCCCAAGUCGCCCGUGGGCGUUGGAUCUCAACGUUCAUCUCGAGGUUCGUCUCGAGGUUCAUCUCGAGGUUCGUCUCGAGGUUCGUCUCGAGGUUCACCUCGGGAAGGUUCUACGGAUUCACGAAACGCGUCUUGGCCGCCGCCGUUUCCUGGUCUGCCGCUGUCGGCGCCAGAGGCGGAGCUGAUCGCGGCGCUUGCUGGAGCUGUAGCGCAGUCGCAGGCGAACCUCUCUGCCAGCGUCAGCAGCAGCAUCGCUGAUGCUGUGACACGUGUGCAGAAGCUUCUCCAACCGCUGCCACCUGGGCUGCCACCUGGCCCUGCUGCUGACUCAGCAAUCCGGCUGGCGUCAGAUCCACUCGCGUUCCUGGAUGACGUGGCAAGGGACUAUCCAGGUGGCAUAGCUACAGUCAGAUUGGUCGGAGAACCCGUACUCGUUAUAAGCAACCCCCAGUUGGCUCGGGAGGUGCUGGUCACACAAUCAGAUGUAUUCAUUAAGGCUGGCACAGCCUUCUUCCCCGGCAGCAGUCUGACGGGCAAUGGUCUCCUAGUGAGCGAUGGGGAGGUGUGGAAGCGUCAGCGCCGGCUGUCCAACGCUGCUUUCCGGAAGGCCGCCGUCCAGUCAUAUGCCUCGGCCAUGGCUCGUCUGGCAGAUGACACGGUGGGGGGCACGUGGGUGGGCAGCCUUAGAGAGGCUGACACAGGGAGGGGCAGGGAUGGAGUGGUGCGGGAUGUGUAUUCGGAUUUUAAUGUUCUGACCAUGGGAAUAGUGGUGGAGGCGCUGUUUGGGGGAGGUGGGAGUGGUGCGGGUGGAACUGGUGGGAGUGGAGGAGCGGCGAUGGCGGAAGUGGGGCCGGCCAUCUCUACCGCGUUUGACUUCUUCGCCAAGCGCGCCACCAGCAUGCUCAUCAUCCCGGAGUGGUUCCCCACGCCUGACAAUCUCCAGUACACAGCAGCGGUGCAGCGGCUAAACGGUGUGGUGUACCGGUUGAUAGAGGAGAGGAGGAGGGAGAUGGUGGGGUGGGGUGCGAAGGGGGGUGCAGAUGGGGAGGAGGGGAAGGACCUGCUCACUCGGCUGCUGCUGGCUCGGGAUGAAGACGGUUCGGGCAUGGACUACCAGGCCCUGAGAGACGAGCUCAUGACCCUGCUUGUUGCGGGCCAGGAGACUUCCGCCAUUCUCCUGGCGUGGGUGUGCGUGCAGCUGGCCCUGCACCCCGAGGAGCAGAGGAGAGCGAUAGAGGAAGUGAGGGAGGUGGUGGGGGGAAGGGCGCCAACACACGCUGAUGUGCCUAAGCUGAAGUACCUGGAGGCGGUGAUAUGGGAGACGCUGCGCCUGAUGCCCCCCGCCUACAUUGUGGGGCGCUGUGCGUGCAGGGAGACGCACCUAGGGGAGUGGCGGGUGCCCCAAGGCACCACUGUGCUGGUCAGCCCAUACCUGCUGCACCGGGACAGCACCCACUGGCCCAGAGCCCUGUCAUUUGACCCCUCCCGCUGGCUGCCUGGUGGUGACGCCCCACCCCCCACAGACAACGAUUCUUACUGGCCGUUCGGAGGGGGUCCCAGGAACUGCAUCGGCAUGGGGUUCGCUCUGCUGGAGGCCUCCCUCGUGCUCGCCCGCAUCCUCCAGUCCUUCUCGCUCUCCCUGCCCUCGGGGAGUCCUACCCCCGUGCCCCGAGCCAUGAUCACUCUGCGGCCCGCUGGGGAGGUGAACCUGCUGCUCUCGCCGCUUCCCCCUCUUUCGCCUGUGGAAAGCCCGCCUGUGACUAGCGGAGCUGUGCGGAAUUCUGCAGCAAACGCAGAAGCAGCAGAAGCGGACGCAGGCGCAGCAGCAGCAGCAGCACUGUGACAGGAACUGCAUCGGCAUGGGGUUCGUUCUGCUGGAGGCCUCCCUCGUGCUCUCCCGCAUCCUCCAGUCCUCCUCGCUCUCCCUGCCCCAUGGAUUCCCCACCCCUGUUCCCCGUGCCAUGAUCACUCUGCGGACCUCUGGAAAGGUGAACCUGCUGCUCUCGCCCUUUGCUUCUCUUCCUUCCGAGGAGAAGCCACUUGUGCCUGGUGCUGCUGCCAGUGCUGCUGUUGACGCAGGCAGCUGAAGUACCUAGCCCAAGCAGCUGAAGUACACAGCCCAAGCAGCUGAAGCCGGAGCAGCAGCAACGUCUUAGUUUUCCACAGGAGGCCCUAGCAGGGUUGCAGUCACGCUUGCAGUCACGCCCCACCUACUUGCUCCCAGGUGCUGCUUCUAGCGCUUCAAUCUCAGAACCUGUUGGUUGCACAGAUACGCAGCCAUUCGUGCUGCCACUGCAGCCAUGUGUAUGCCAUCCCAUUCUUGCUGCCAGUGCAGCCAUGUGUAUGCCAUCCCAUUCUUGCUGCCACUGCAGCCAUGUGUAUGCCAUCCCAUUCUUGCUGCCACUGCAGCCAUGUGUAUGCCAUCCCAUUCUUGCUACCACUGCAGCCAUGUGUAUGCCAUCCCAUUUUUGCUGCCACUGAAGCCAUGUGUAUGCCAUCCCAUUCCUGCUGCCACUGCAGCCAUGUGUAUGCCAUCCCAUUCUUGCUGCCACUGCAGCCAUAUGUAUGCCAUCCCAUUCUUGCUGCCACUGCAGCCAUGUUUCCAAUGUCUAAGUUGGUCUUGUGAAGUGAUUUUUAAGUGUUACAAGCUCUGCCUCAUGGCGUGCGUCAGGUCCUGUUGCUGCUGACCUACUGAAUGCACUGUGUUCCCUAACACAUGGAACACCCUGCUGCCCUGCACUCUCAG